CUACUGACUGUCAAGAGUCUCUCGACUGUCACUUGAAUGUCUACCCUGGACGACGUGGACUACAAUUUGGACACAAAAAUAUACAGAACUUUUCCGAACUUAAAUAGUGGUUUGCUGUUACUUUUAAACAAGCUCUAACAACGCCGCUAUUUCUUUAAGGAAUGCCACGCGCUGUUUCAGCUAACAUGCAAGCCAAGUUACUUUUUGAAUUAGCUGUAACUAGAGUCAGCUAACCAGCCUAAACGUUAUGAUUUGGGAACUCUAGCUAGCAAAACGUAGCAAAUGUUUGCUACUGAAGCGUGGUCUUUAGUUUGGUGAGGUUUGCUGCUUUUCUUCCACCGCUUCACUUUUCUUUCCAAACAACUUGGUAGGGGCUAACCUCACCUAGUUAGGGCGUGGUUUGCAUAAAUAACCUUUAACAGCUUCUUAUGCUAACUGACCUAGCCAGCUAGCCGACUACUGUAACGUUACAGACAUGGGAUUACACCCGUUGGAGUUUAGCGAAUGCUACUUGGACAGUCCUGGGUUCAGGGAAAAAAUAAAGGCACAUGAAGCGGAGUUGGAUAAAACCAACCGAUUCAUCAAGGAACUGUACAAGGAUGGAAAGAAUCUCAUCAAUGCCACAAAACAACUUGGCCUGGCCCAGCGCAAGUUUGCUCACUCCCUGGGAGAGUUCCAGUUUGAGUACAUUGGAGAUGCAAAGACAGAUGACGAGAAAUGCAUCGAUGAGUCCUUGCAGGAGUUCUCCAACUUCCUUAAGAACCUGGAAGACCAAAGAGAGUUGAUGAUGAGGAACAUUACAGAAACGUUAAUGAAGCCCCUGGAGAAGUUCCGUAAGGAGCAGCUGGGAACGGCAAAGGCGGAAAGAAAGAAGUUUGAGAAGGAAACUGAGAAGUACUACAGCUCCUUGGAAAAGCUUCUGAACAUGUCAGCAAAGAAGAAGGAACCACAGCUACAGGAGGCAGACAUCCAGGUGGAGACGAUAAGACAGCACUUUCAGGAGGAGUCUCUGGACUAUGUGUGUAAACUGCAGGAGAUCCAGGAGAGGAAGAAGUUUGACUGUGUGGAGCCUAUGCUGGCGUUCUUCCAGACAGUGUUCACUUUCUACCACCAGGGCUUUGAGCUGGCCAAGGACUUCGACCACUACAAGAAAGCCCUCCAGAUCAACAUACAGAAUACGCGGAGUCGUUUCGAGGGCACGAGGGUGGAGGUGUUUGAGCUGAUGAAGAGGAUCCGGGAAGUUCCUCAGGAGUACAGACAAACCAGUCCUAUUAGCAGCGAAGGAUACCUCUAUGUCCAGGAGAAACGGCCCCCUCCUUUUGGUUCGAGCUGGGUGAAGCGUUACUGCACGUUUGUGAAAGAGCAGAAAAUCCUCCACAUGGUGACCUUUGACCACAGGUCCGGAGGAAAGAUCGGCGAGACGGAGUCGGUCACGCUGAAGUCCUGCGUUCGCAAAUCCACCGACGCGCUGGACCGGAGGUUCUGUCUUGAUAUCGAAAUCACGGAUCGACCCGGCACGGUCCUCACGGUCCAGUCGCUGUCCGAAGAUGAUCACAAGUUCUGGAUGCACGCCAUGGGUGGCAAAGAACCGGCUCGGCACCACUUCGGCAAACCCUACUCGAAAGAACGAGGGAUCGACGCGCAGCUGGAUGACGUGGGGCUGGCAUUUGUGAAGAACGCGAUCUCCGCCAUCGAGAUUCGAGGUAUCAACGACCAGGGCCUGUACAGAGUGGUGGGAGUCAGCUCUAAGGUCCAGAAGCUGCUUAGCCUAAUGAUUGAUGAAAAGAGCAACGACGUGGAUCUGUGUGCCAGUGAGGAGUGGGAUGUGAAGACCGUCACCAGCACCCUGAAGCUGUAUCUGAGGAGUCUUCCUGAGCCACUGAUGACCUAUGGACUGUACAAAGACUUCAUUGCCCCUGCAAAGGGUGGGAGCCCCGAGUCCCGUAGCAAAGCCAUUCACUGCCUGGUCCACAAGCUGCCGGAGAGCAACCGACUUGUCCUCGGACUACUCAUGAAGCACUUGGCCACGGUGGCGGCCCACAGUAAGAAGAACCUGAUGACCGUGGCCAACCUGGGGGUGGUGUUUGGCCCCACCCUGAUGAGGCCCCAGGAGGACACGGUGGCCGCCAUCAUGGACCUCAAGUUCCAGAACAUCGUGGUGGAGAUCCUCAUCGAGCAGCACGAGACGAUAUUUGGAGAUCUCCCAGCGUCCUCCCCCAUGUCAACCACCCCGGGGUUCUCCGCCCCCACCAGGCAGUCCAAGAAACUGGGCCGAACGAACCGACCCCUGGCCGUCUAUAACCCGCAGUCACUGGACCUGCAGACGGCAUCGCCGACGUCACCCGAUCUCGGUUCCAACUCCGAUGAGGCGUCGCUUGGCAGCAACGAGUCGGUGUCGUCCCAGUCGUCCGGGGCGACGGCCUCAGAGACGCCCCCAGAGAAGGCCAACCACGACCCCCUCCUCUCCAGCCUCUGCCCAGGGGACAGCACAGGGUCCUGCAUCGCUGCCGCGGCCUCCUGGUUCAACUCUGGAGUCCUGACCAAAGAUACGCCUGACGAGAACAAGACAGAGGACAGUGUCACCGGCGGUAGCGGCAGGAGAGCCAAGGCGGUGUACCCCUGCGAAGCCGAGUACGACUCUGAGUUAUCUUUCCAAGUCGGCGCCAUAUUCAGCGCCGUGGCGCCGUCCAGGGAGCCCGGCUGGCUGGAGGGAGAGCUGGAGGGCAAGAGGGGCCUCAUCCCGGAAAACUAUGUGGAAAUGCUGUAGUCCGACACCUGGCGCUGCCCGUGUACUCUCCCUAGCCUGGUCCCAGGCCUGUUUGUGUUUGUAAAACUGAUACUCGGGUUCACGGGCCGACCAUGCCACACUACAGGAUUUGACCGGCCCAGGCACAAACAGGUCGGUGACCAGGCGACUGGACCAGGAUGUUCCGUUGUCUCUAACGGAAGAUGUUGGCCGUCAUCCGUCGCUGUGCCUAACGGUCUCGCCCAACUGUCACUUUAUACAUGGUAUCCAUGGCUGACAGACACACACCCCCUUUCUCACAUGCAGUCAAGUGCAUUGUGCCUAUAAGGGGUCGAUAUUCAUACGGAACCCCACUUAGCGACCCAGUGAAUACCCCCAGCGAUGUACAGUCCAUGGUCUUGGAAAUAGGAAAAGGAAUAUUUCGAAGGUGCCUUAACACACCAAGACAGUUGAAGUGUAUAUUCUGUACGGGUAUGUUAAAUGCUAAAGAGGUGUGUUCCGUUUUAUUUUAUUUUUUUUGUUUUUUUUUUUUUUUUUGUCUUUUUUUUUUUUUUAUGGUUGCGUGUGCUGUCAUUUUAAUAAUAUUUGAAUACUCUUUACGAGGCGCUUUUUAUUGUGAUUAUUUAAUUGGCACAUUGAUUGCAUGUCUUUACCGAAUUUUAAACCACACCGUUUUGUAUGUUGAUCAUUUGUACGGAUUUCAUCAUUGAUUGUAUCUGUAGACUUCACUGAUGCUGUUGUAUUGGAAUAGUAGGUGCUCCUCCCAUUAGCUGUUGGCCUAGACAUUGACUGUUUUGACGACAUACACUUGCUAUUUAAAGUUCAAAAUAAUUAUUUGGGUGUGUCUGAACCUUCAACCUUCAACAGUGGCUUUCUGGACGGAUAUUUCACAAACUUUUAUGUCUGUUCCCGUCUUUUAUUUUUGUAUUAUUCUGUACAUAAUCCAGUUGAUUGAAUGAUGGGACAAUAAAUUAACCUUUUUUUGUUAUUAUCAUUUUUAUUGUUAUUAUCGUCACGAUCACAUGCAAUGUUUUCUAAGUCUUAUUGUCGGUGGGUGUGUACUGUGCAGAGUUACAAUUUUAAAAAAAAUCCACAAAAAACAAGUAUAUGCUAUUGUAAAGCCUCAGCCGUAUUCAAGCUUAGUUUCAUUUGGAGUCGUUUUUUUUAAACAAUGGUAAGUAUACGCGUCACAAUGCUGUUAUUACAUUGCCGUUUAGCAAAGCCGGUUUCAUUUUUCUAAGAGCUUUUGUUCUCAAUCUGUUUUUGAGUUGGAUUGCAAUAAUUUAAAGACAGUGAUUUAUGAUAUUUGUAAAGGUCUUGGCAUUAAUUUCAUUUUUGUAACAUUGGAGGUCUUCUUGAUCAAUGUUAAAUAAAGAUUUUUAUUCUGUACCCCA